AAUCCCGGAGAGGGGGUGUCAUUACCGGGGGAAGGGGGCGGCGGGAGGAGGGGCUGCCGCCGAUGAGGGCUGAAGCCGGGUGCGCGGCCGGCUGCGGGCGCCGGAGCCGCGGGCGCCGCUGCGGGCGAGGCGGGGGCUGCGGCCGCGGCCAUGGCUUGGCCCUGCAUCAGCCGGGUGUGCUGCCUGGCCCGCUUCUGGAGCCAGCUGGACAAGUCCGACCUCUCCGUGCCGCUCACCAUCCACAACUACUCGGACAUCGAGGAGCAGGAGGACGGUGCGCCCCAGCGCGGCGGGCCCCCCCCGCGGGGCAGCGCCCGCCCGCCCGCCCCGGCCCCCCGCCCGCGGGACCCCGCCGCCGGGAAGCCGGGCGGCCGCAGGAAGGGCCGGGCGGCCGCCGCCGGAGAGCCCUUCGCGGCGGAGACCCAGUACCGGCGGGACUUCAGAGCGUGGCCCCUCCCGAGGAGGGACGCCUUCCCCUGGGUCAGCGCCAGCAGCGGCGGCGGCGGGAGGGACGGGGCCGCCCCCCAGCCCGCCCCGGGCCGCGCCGCCUGCGCCCUGCCCGGCAGCGGCGGGAGGCCGGCGGUGGACGGCUGCGGCGGCCCCGAGCAGCUCCGGCCGCGCUCGCAGGCGGACGGCGGCCACACCACCUCCUACAGGCAAGAGUAUCGCCCAUGGACUGGAGCAAAACCAUCCAAGCCUAUAAAGACAAAGCAAGGCUUCAUUAUUCCAGAAGACCAUUUUGUUCAAGAGACAAGCUACAAGGCAGAUUUUAAGAUCCCAGAGGUGAAGACCAGGUUCUCCCCCAACCCUUCUGCUGUUUUCCAGGCGCCGUCACGGAUCCUCAACGUGUGAACCUGGACCCUCCUCACACCCAGGCAGCUUAAACGCAGCGUUUCUGUUAAGAUGUAUCACUAUGCAAUUUUCAUGAGGAGUGUUAAGAUCAAAGAACCGGUAUUAUCAAAAGCAGCUCCAGUGAUUAAUGAUAUGCACACACACUUUCUGUUAACACAACAAACCGCAAAGCGCUUGGUUCAGAACUGGCAAAACACGCUGCAAGGAGUGACCUAGUUUUUCACAGGAGCAGGUUCAUUACUGUGCCAGCUGGCGUCACAUUAGGAGAUUGACUUUGGGCAGCAAAGGCAGUAUUGCAGGCAACAUCCCUAUGCUUAACUACACAGGGUGGGAGGGAAAACAAUCACAAGCAGGAUAGAUAAUUAAAACCAAAAAGAGUUUUAUUUAGCAGCACCCUCUAAGUAGGCCAGUAAAAGACAGGGAGUGUCUGGCUGACUUCUGAGCUUAUGAGGGGUUUUGGAAAUAGGACCUCAAAUGGCAUCACCAGAAAUCAUAGCAUCAAAAGGGCUGGUCUGAACUUCCAGGGUUGUUUUAGCAGCUGGAGGAAGGCAGCAUCACUGAACUCUAAAAUAAAUCUGGCACAUGCAGUGUCUUGGGGCUUUAAGGCUGGAAAGCUGGAUAUUUCCAAAAUUGGUGGGCUGACACAGGAGCAAGACAUGACUGAACUUUGGGAGACAGCCCUGACAGCAACACACCAGCCUGGUUUGGAGAGGAUUGCAUGGACAGAAUCAGCUAGGCACCUACCAGGCUCCAGAGGAUCUAAGAUAUUUAUGUAAUUUGUAUAGCUGUUAGGGUGAGUGUAAAUAUUGUAUAUGGAUUUUACCUAAAGCAAUUUGUGAUCCUUUAAUGAAAAGGACAUGCUUAUACUUUUAAUAAAUGUUAACUCUUUGCAUAUGCAAGGUGGAAAAUAUUGCCUUGAAAUUCCUAAAUUAUUGCCUGUAUAUUGGUAAUGCUAUUGCUAGGAACAACCAGAAGCGAAUGUUACUUAGAAACUCUUCUUAAAGAAAAAUGUAAUGUAGAAUGUAAGACAUCCUUCAUUUUUAAGAUAGGCCAUUUUAAGUGUCAUUGUUCUGAAGCUGAUUUUUUUAGAUUGGUGUGCAUUUAACUUUUGCUGAGGUACACAUGUUUUAAGAAAUCAUUUUUUAGCCUUUGUUCAUCAAGACUCUAGUGGGUUUACAGUUUCUUUCUCCACAACUUCUGCAAUAUAAUUAGUCUACUGCUUAUUUCAUGGUUUUACUCAUUAUUUUGGGUAAAAAAAUUGAAAAACUUUUACUUUAUGCGUUUGCAACACACAAAUGUGUUGGCUAGAAUAAAAGGAAACUAUCCUCAGACUUGAACAGGGAUCAGAUAUUAAUUCACCUGUAAUGAAAUAGACUUUAACACAGGAGGAUUUUUUUCUUAACCUUCCUACGAG